UAUAUACUUCUUUUAGGAAUAUGGCAGAAUUUGCUUAGGGAAAUGUCGGUUGAAGACAGCCAAUCCUUCAAAAAUUUUCUAAGGGUUGACCAGAGACAGUUUUUCUAUCUAUUGGAGCUCACAAAAAACGAUAUUUCAAAAACAGAAAACCCUAUGAGAUCAACCAUUUCCGCAGAGGAGAGACUAGCUGUCACCCUGAGAUAUUUGGCUACAGGGGAGAGUUUCAGAAGUUUGGGUUAUUCAUUCCGAAUAGCUCAUAACACCCUAAGCAGUAUCAUUCCAGAUGUUUGUACCGCCCUGUUCAAUGCCCUUAAACAUGUGCAUCUCAAGGUACCAUCUUCUGAGGCCGAGUGGGAGAAUAUUGCCAGGGAGUUUAUGGAAAGAUGGAAUUUCCCCAAUUGCCUCGGAGCUUUGGAUGGAAAACACGUUGUCCUUCAGGCUCCAUUUAAAAGUGGCUCAUUCUACUUUAAUUACAAAAAUACACAUAGUGUUGUUUUAAUGGCUUUGGUUAAUGCCAACUAUAAAUUCAUAUACGUAGAUGUUGGCAGCAAUGGGAGGGUGAGUGACGGUGGAAUAUUUAGGGAUUGCACCCUGCGCAGUGCCAUGGAAGACAAUUCUUUAAACAUGCCGGGCCCAAGACCUCUUCCUGGGAGAGAGAGGGACGUCCCUUAUGUUAUUGUAGGGGAUGAGGCAUUUCCACUUAAAGAGUACCUAAUGAAGCCCUACCCUCAAAGAUCAGGUCUUGAUGAUAAGCAGAGAGUAUUUAAUUAUAGGUUGUCAAGAGCCCGCAGAAUCGUAGAAAAUGCGUUUGGGAUUUUGAGCAAUAGGUUUAGAGUACUGAGAUCCCCAAUUCUGCUUUCGCCACAAAAAGUGGAAAUUUUGGUACUGUGCUGCUGCGCUCUUCAUAAUUUUUUGCGGCCCGAUUUUCAAGUGGCAGUCACAGAGUGUGAGACGCCCCGGGAGAUUGGCACAGGAAUGGUCAGUUUGUCUAGUCAAGGAUACCCCAGCAGUCAGAAUGCCCGAGACAUCCGUGAUGAAUUCAAGGAAUAUUUCUGCACUAACGGACAAGUACCGUGGCAAACAGCUACUUAA